AUGAGCGGCUCCAGGGCUCCGGGCCCCGAGGCGGGCGCCUCCAGGCCCGAGCCCCCCGGCGCGGCGCUGAGCGUGGACGUGGCAGGGCUGCUGGCACAGCUGGCGCGCAGCUUCGCGCUGCUGUUGCCGGUGUACGCGCUGGGCUACCUGGGCCUGAGCUUCAGCUGGGUGCUGCUGGCGCUCGGGCUGCUCGUGUGGUGCCGCAGGAGCCGCGGCCUCAAGGCCACCCGCCUGUGCCGCGCGCUGGCGCUACUGGAGGACGAGGAGCGCGCCGUGCGCCUGGGGGUGCGCGCCUGCGACCUGCCGGCCUGGGUUCAUUUUCCAGACACUGAGAGAGCAGAAUGGCUAAAUAAGACUGUAAAACACAUGUGGCCUUUUAUUUGCCAGUUUAUAGAGAAGUUGUUUCGAGAAACCAUAGAGCCGGCCGUGCGGGGUGCACACACCCACCUCAGCACCUUCAGCUUCACGAGGGUGGACCUGGGGCAGCAGCCCCUCAGGAUCAAUGGUGUUAAGGUGUAUACUGAAAAUGUGGAUAAAAGGCAGAUUAUUUUGGACCUUCAGAUUAGUUUUGUAGGGAACUGUGAGAUCGAUCUGGAGAUCAAGCGAUAUUUUUGUAGAGCUGGUGUGCAGAGUAUACAGAUUCAUGGUACAAUGCGGGUGAUCCUGGAACCAUUGAUUGGAGACAUGCCCUUAGUAGGAGCUUUGUCUGUCUUCUUCCUUAGAAAGCCACUUUUAGAAAUUAACUGGACAGGACUGACUAAUCUUCUCGACAUUCCUGGAUUGAAUGGUUUAUCAGAUACUAUCAUUUUGGAUAUAAUAUCAAACUAUCUGGUGCUUCCCAAUCGAAUCACAGUUCCUCUUGUCAGCGAAGUUCAGAUAGCUCAGCUGCGAUUUCCUGUACCAAAGGGUGUCCUGAGGAUACAUUUUAUUGAAGCUCAGGAUCUUCAGGGAAAAGACACUUACCUUAAGGGACUUGUCAAGGGGAAGUCAGACCCCUAUGGAGUGAUUCGAGUUGGCAACCAGAUCUUCCAAAGCAAGGUCAUCAAGGAGAACCUCAGUCCGAAGUGGAACGAGGUCUAUGAGGCUCUGGUCUAUGAACAUCCCGGACAGGAACUGGAGAUCGAGCUCUUUGACGAAGACCCAGACAAGGACGACUUUCUCGGGAGUCUUAUGAUUGAUCUUACUGAAGUUGAAAAGGAGCGCCUUUUGGAUGAAUGGUUCACCCUGGACGAGGUGCCCAGAGGCAAGCUGCACUUGAAGCUGGAGUGGCUCACGCUCAUGCCCGACGCGUCGAACCUUGAGCAGGUGCUGACAGACAUCAGAGCUGACAAAGACCAAGCCGACGACGGGCUGUCCUCCUCGCUGCUCAUCUUGUACCUGGACUCGGCCCGGAACCUUCCGUCUGGGAAGAAAGUAAACAGCAACCCAAACCCUCUUGUCCAAAUGUCCGUUGGUCACACGGCCCAGGAGAGCAAGAUUCGGUACAAAACCAACGAACCUGUGUGGGAGGAAAAUUUCACCUUCUUCAUUCACAAUCCCAAGCGCCAGGAGCUCGAAGUGGAGGUGCGAGAUGAGCAGCACCAGUGCUCCCUGGGGAACCUCAGGAUCCCGCUCAGCCAGCUGCUCACCCGCGAGGACAUGACCCUGAGCCAGCGGUUCCAGCUCAGCAACUCAGGUCCCAACAGCUCUCUGAAGAUGAAGCUCGCCCUCAGGGUGCUCCACCUUGAGAAGCAGGAGAGGCCUCCGGACCACCAGCACUCAGCUCAAGUAAAACGGCCCUCUGUGUCCAAGGAAGGGAGGAAAGUCUCUGCCAGGCCUCAGAUGUCUGCGUCGCCGGGCUCGGGUGACAGCGGCACGGCCCCAUCCACGCCGGUCGCCGGGGGCGGUGAGAGGCCUGGCAUGGAGGAGCAAGGCUUGCCGGCAGAGGCCGGCCUGCAGGGCCCAAGGGACCUCGGCCGGAGCUCUUCCAGCCUCCAGGCGGGCCCCGCCGGCUCCCCCAGCCACAUCUCCGUAAAGGAGCCCACCCCAAGCAUCGCCUCAGACAUCUCGCUGCCCAUCGCCACACAGGAGCUGCGGCAGAGGCUGCGGCAGCUUGAGAACGGAACCACCCUGGGACAGUCCCCCUUGGGGCAGAUCCAGCUGACCAUCCGGCACAGCUCGCAGAGGAACAAGCUGGUGGUGGUCGUGCACGCCUGCAGGAACCUCAUCGCCUUCUCUGAGGAUGGCUCUGAUCCCUACGUCCGCCUGUAUUUGUUACCAGACAAGAGGAGGUCGGGAAGGAGGAAAACACACGUGUCGAAGAAGACGCUGAACCCCGUGUUUGAUCAGAGCUUUGAUUUCAGCGUCUCACUGCCAGACGUGCAGAGGAGAACCUUGGAUGUGGCCGUGAAGAACAGCGGCGGCUUCCUGUCCAAAGACAAAGGGCUUCUUGGCAAAGUGCUGGUUGGUCUGGCAUCUGAAGAGCUCGCCAAAGGCUGGACCCAGUGGUACGACCUCACAGAAGACGGGACGAGGCCCCCCGUGGUGACGUAGGCCGCCGCCAAGAAGCCCCGGCUGCACCUGCCCGCCCUGCACCAACAGGCCCCGCACACCCCCAAAGACACACCCACGCUGCCCCGCCCGGACACCCUCCCCGCCCCCGAAGACACACCCACGCUGCCCCGCCCCACAACCCUCCCCCCACCCCCAAAGACACACCCAUGCUCUUCUCAUAAUUUCACGGACUUGGUUACUGGCCCCAUGAUGGUUUUAUAAAAUGUUGGUAUUUUAGGCGUAUUUGGCCAAUAUUAGCAUUAAGUUUUGUAUGUUUAAAUUUCCUCUAGUAUUUCAGCAGUUGUCACGGUGUGCAUAGCAUAGCGGCCAGCUGUUGUGUGUGUAAAGCUAUAUGUCGGCUGUCUCUCCUAGGAAGCCGAUGUAUGGACCUGCUUAUUAUUGCCUUGUUUUGUAUAUCACUGAGGUGUACUAUGCUAUGUAAAUGGACUAUUUUUUAUGAUCUCUACAUGCUGGUUUGAAAUUCAGAGAAAGUGGAUCAAGGAAAUAUAUAUAUAUUUUUUCUUCUAAAACUUAUUAAAUUCUUAUUACAAAUAAUCAUUUUUGUCUUUGCAGGAAAAAGUUCUCAGUGACCUAUUUUGUGGUGUUUCUUUUUAAAAAAGAAAAGCUGAAAGAUUAGUAAAUGCUAGUAUAUUUCUGCUCGUUAUAAAUGGUAAAAGAAUAUAUGCAAAAUACUUACACUUUCAUAAAUAUAAAGAUGUAUUAUAAGGAGUCAGUUGUAGCGCUUAUAAGGAAAAAUGUAUAACUGAGCAAUAUAAAAUAUCACAAGAAUUGUCAUGGUUCACAGUGCACUAAUCUGAAAUUUCUCACAUAAAAUAGAAUGUCUUAACUUUAUUUUUAGUUGCUUGUUACAACUUAUUCAUGAAACAGUACAGAUACAUAAUGCUUUCCCUGAAAUACAGUACUUCAGUGUUAGCGGUUAGUCUGUUGUGGAAUUUUCAGUGUUUUCUCAGCUGUAAACGAAAGACUAACUCAGGUUGUCUCUGCAAAGGCUGUGAGACAGGUCGGGGUGAGCAGAUAGGACACGAUGCGGGAAGCCGCCACCGGCGCAGGCGUGUUGGUGUGACGCGCACGGGGCGGGGCUGGUGCACGUGUGAUGCGCACGGGGCGGAGCCGGCGCCUCCACCGCGGGGACCAGGGGUCUUGGCACGGCGGCCGCAGGCUGUCAGUAACCUCCUACUGGGUUUCCUCACCUCAUGCCAUGACUGACCUCAGUAUUGGGAUGUUGUUGUACAACUUUUAUUUGGGAGUAUUUUUUCUUAGAUUAGGAAAAGCAUGUUUUAUAUCCAUGUAUAUAAAGGUCCCAAGCCUCUUGGGAAGUGAGAUUCCAUAGCCUGCGGCAGCUGUGCGUGCCCCAAACACGGUGCACGUGUGCAGAAAGCUUUAAAUAUUCGACGCUGCGGGAUACAGAUGACUUCCUGAGCCAUGAGGACAUCCUCCAGCCCUGUGUAAAUACCGGGGGAAAUGUGGCUCUGAGCUUAGCGACCUCACCGUGCGUCCCGCGUGACUCCUGGACGCUCGCGGGGCCUGACUGCCCAAGUGCCUGUGGGCGCUGCCUCUGCUCUGCCUCUCCUGCCCUCGGGGCUCAGCUCUGGCCCGUCACACUCUGACCCCGGGGGGUGGUGGAGCCCGGAGCCUCGCAACACGUUUCACGCAGCCGUGCAGACCCGGUGCCCUUGCAGCUUCCUGGGCCGUAACGCUUCUCCGAAGCCCCAGCGGAGACCACCUCCUCCGUCAGAGGGGGAGGCGUUGCAGACCUGACGACCGCACAGAAAACACCUAACUCUGGUGUUUUAGCAGCAGGAGAAAAACCGGUCAUUACUAAAUCCAGUGGCCUGCCCGUGGUUUUAGAUUUAUUGGAGACUUUUUAAAAAUUGGGUUUGUUGUGGGAAUUCCCUGGCGGUCCAGUGCUAAGAGUUGGAUGUUUCACUACCAGGGACCUGGAUUUAACCCCUGGUCAGGAACUGAGAUCCCACAAGCCAUGAGGUACCUGCUGCAAAAAUCAGGGUUUUUGAAGGGCUUCUGGCAUAAUUUCUAAAAGAAGGGAAACCCUCACUGAAAUUCAGCACACCCGUGGUUUCUGCCACCAGCCCCGGUGUUUGGGUCUUGCAGCCGUGCAUUUCACCUGCUCAGCAUGUUCUAGUACACGUUCUACAUGGAACACUUUACUUAAGCAGUCAGGCAAAAUAAAUGCCACCAAAGGGGCAAAAUCAAACAAAGCCAGUUAGCUGCACGAUGCCCACCCUUUGUGUAGCCGGUGGGGCCUGCACAGACUCAGCAGCCAGCGCCAUUCUCUGUAAAGGAAGAGAUGACUCCAAGGCCGGGACUCUGCCUUUGUGGCUGACGGGCCUUCAGAGGAGACCUUUUGUGCCCAGUGGGGCAGCUGAGACUCGGCUUUAGGCCGGACCCCGGGCUCCAUGAUCCUGGCGAUGGACAGUCAGUUCUCAGAACCUUCGUCACCAGUUCUGACUAACUGCUUCAUCUGGGAAAAGGGAACUUCAACUUUUCUACCUUGACCCAAACCAAUGGAAGGAAAAUUAACGUUGGUUAAUUUGAAUUGUUACUUUAUUGCUUAUCCUGUGCCUUAAAGUAUGAAGCGUGAGGCAUUGCUUCAGGUUAAAACAAAAUACGCCUCGCAGCCGAGUUCGCAGCCGAGUUCACCACAGUUGAUUCCUUGUCAAGGGUCAGCCCUCCUUUGUCAGGAAGUGAAGCCAAAUGCAAAUAGUGGUUGUUUGUACGCGGUUGUUGCUUUAACGUCAUUCUAGCUGGACCACCCCCUGCAGAUGGAACACAGCAGAGGGUUUUUUUGUUUUUGUUUUUUAUUGUAAAAUGCCCUUUUUGCUCAACUAAUUUUACAUGACAGUGCAUGUAUUUAUUCAAUAAAACUUUUUGUUAUCUU